AUGUCCGUAAAAAGUUUUAUCUUAGCUUUGAGACGUUUCCUAGCAAGAAGAGGAAAUACAAAAAUAAUAUUUUCUGAUAAUGCAAAGACUUUCCGUUCAUCUUGUGAAAUACUGAAAUCUUUUCGUAAAAUAAUAAAGCAUCCAGAGCUGCAGAAUUUUGUAGCGUCGGAAAACAUCAUUUGGAAAUUUAUUCCAGAACGUUCUCCAUGGUGGGGAGGUUUCUGGGAACGAUUGAUGAAAAGUAUUAAAGACCCGCUGAGAAAAAUACUCGGUAGAGCUCUAUUGACAUUAGAAGAGCUUGCUACCAUCCUUACAGAAAUUGAGUUUAUUUUGAAUAAUAGACCAAUUACCUAUGAGUUCAAUGAUUUAAAUGAACCAAUUGCAUUAACACCUUCAUGUUUUUUAUUUCCAGGAAAGGACAAGAUUAACUUUCCAAAUUAUUUCCUUGAGGUAUUUGACAAAAGCUCUAACCAAAAGACUUUACAGAAACGUAAAUUGUUCCAGACUCGUUUAAUCAAGCAAAUUUGGUCUCAAUGGAAAGAACAGUAUUUAUUGCAAUUGAGAAGUGCUCAUAAUUUUUUAGUUCCUCACUCCCAACAGAACUUAAAAAUUGGAGAUGUAGUGCUUGUUGAAGGACCUUUGAAAAAUAAGUUACUGUGGGACAUGGGUGUGAUCGAUAAAAUUCUCAUAGGAAGAGAUGGCAAUGUACGUGCAUGCAUAGUCCGCACGUCUAAAGGUUGCUUAAGAAGAGCAAUUCAACUACUCUAUCCAUUCGAAGUGACUGUUUUGAAAUGA